GAAAAAGCAGCUGUUUCUGUUGGAAUCAUAACUAAAGUCGACUUUAAUAGGAAUUAAAAGAGAAUGUUACUAAAAUAUAUUUUACCUGGAAUUUCGCAUCAUUUGCGACAAACGUUAACUAAUAAUUAUAGAAAAGUAUCGUCUUCAUCAGCAUCGGUAACAAGGUUACAUCGAGCCGUUUAUACCCGGCAAUAUCCGCUUGUUAUGAUUUUACCUGACGGCUCGAGUAUCAACGUACGUUACCCCGAACCUCGAAAAAUUGUAAAGCUUCCUUUGGAUUUAAGUACGUUGUCCGAGACUGAGCGUAAAGCUCGUUUGGACGCCCGUAAACCACGUAAAAAAUUGAAAGUUGUCGAUGAAAUUGAAGAUAAUUUCAAUGCAAGAAAAUAUAUGAAAUAUAUUAAAAAGAAAUAGAGGACAAUGUUAAAAUAAAUAGAAAAGUGGUUACUAAAUUUUAUACCUAAAACGCUUGAAUAAUGGAAUUCUUUAGUUGAAAGUAAGUUGAGCAACUCCAUAUUAUUCAUAGUGGAUAUCCAUAAUCAGCCAAAAUUAACAUAAAUUUUCUGAAAUGACAACUUAAUAAAUUAAAUGAAAACUGCAAAUUAAUUGCAGCCAACUAAUACGAAGAACUUUAAAUUUUCAAUGUUUAGUGAAAUAAAGCACACAUAAAUAUAUUUUCCUUUAAAAGUUAUUUGCCAUGUAGCUGUAGAUGUAGUUGAUUGCAAAUUGUUCAUAGUUUGCCGUAGUUCACGUCAAAUUCUUGUCACUAUGAACUGUUAUUUACAAUUCUUUCCACACCAUAUAU